AUGCCCUGGAACCCCAGCGAUGGCGGCAAGAAUGGGCACAUCAACAAUCAGUUAGAUGCGAGAUACAAGUCUGAGAGCAUCCGCUUACUUGUGCCAGCGUUGGUCGAUCCGGACCCGACGAACCGUGGUUUUGUCGGAACGCCCACAGUCCAGAGGAACAUUUGCGAUGUCCUCAUCCGUGUCAUCGUCGGAUCAUGUUUCUUCAGCUAA